UGGAGUUUGAGCAUAGAUUGUCCUUACCUUGGCUCGGAGCUGAGUCUCUCUCGCGUCCCUGAACAUGAAGCUGUUAUCGAUGGUUUUGGCCUUGUUUGUGGCCAUAGCAGGCUUCGUGACCCUGAGCAGUGCCAUGCCUGAGCCUGACCCUUUGGCUAACCCUAACCCCGUGGCUGACCCCGAUCCCUUCAAAUUCAAAGGCGGUGGAUUCCGAAGGGGAUAUGGAGGUUUCAGGCGGGGCUACGGAGGCCACGGAGGCUUCAGGAGGGGCUACGGAGGCUACAGAGGUUUCGGAGGUUUCGGCAAGAAGAAAUUCGGCUGAAGCCUCUGUUGUCUCGGUUGACUGAUAAUCGGGCUUUCCCUUCAGACGACAAUAAAAUCUGAAAUCUA